AUGGAGAAGAGUAAGAAGUGCUUGAUCCCUUUCAAACUCGGCACUCCUGCUAACGACCGCCUGAAAAAAAAAGCAAACGGAACCCAGCUCCGCCUAGCACCCGAAGUCAAAUACGUCUGGCUGCGGUUCAUGCCAUACAACGGCCUGUACCUGGUGCGGAUGCUGCCGGUGGCGCGAUUCGUCGCCAUGAUGGCUCGAGGAGAGAUGGUGCAGGUGCCCCUGCUCGUCACAACCAUGACGCGCCACGGCCACGUCGCAGCAAACUUGACGGGGGCCAUCUACCUGAAGCCAGAACUCGCGACCGCGUACCCCCAAGCAUCAGCAGCCGCCGCCAGCAGCAGCAGCAGCAGCGCGCACCGACUGGAGGUGAUGACGUCCUGGGUCGACUCUCGCGGCGCGGCGGUGCCCGAGUGCCCGCGGAGCAAGAUCCGCGACCUCUGCUCGCAGCUCCUCGCCCAACGCGGCAUCCGAGUGCUGGCCGGUUUCGAGAUCGAGGUCGUGCUCACCCCGGCGACGACGACGACGACGGACAGCAGCAGCAGCAGGCUGGACCACCACCAGCAGCAGCACCAGCAGCACGGCUGGAGCACCAUGACGGCGGCGGACGCAGCGAUGCUGGACGCCAUCGAAGCCAUCGCCCAGGCCUUGGGCGACGCCGGCCCCGGAGUCGUCGACCUGCACCAGUUCCACGCCGAGGCCGCGCCGGGCCAGUGGGAGUUCGUGCUCGGCCCCCAGCCGCCGCUGCAGGCCGUCGACGGGCUGGUCGCGGCGCGCGAAAUCAUCGCCGCCACGGCAGCGAAAUAUGGCCUCGCCGCCACAUUCCACCCGCGACCGCAUCCGGAUCAGCACGGCACGGGGGCCCACGUGCAUCUCUCGGCGAACGGGCCGGCCGAGGGCGACGGCGAGGUCGAGGACGAGGAGACGGCGGCGGCCUUCUUCGGCGGGAUCCUCGCGCAUUUGCCGGCCAUCUCGGCCUUCGCGCUGCCGCUCGAUGCGAGUUAUGAGAGGGUCAAGGCGGGCAUGCACAGCUGCGGGGAAUGGGUUUGUUGGGGCACGCAGAACCGCGAGACGCCGCUGCGGAGGAUCACGCGGGCGCGGUUCGAGGUCCGGAGCGUCUGCGGGACGGCGAAUCCGUACUUGGUGAUGGCGGCGAUGCUGGCCGCGGGCUUGGACGGGCUGGAGCGCGGGAUGGAGUUGCCGGCGGAGUGUCCUGUCGAGGGCGCGGCGCAGCUGUCGCAGGCGCAGCGGGAAAAGGCGGGUAUCACGACGCGGAUCCCGCAGAGUGUUGAGGAGAGCAUCGACGCCUUGGCGAGGGAUACAGCGCUCUACGAUAGGCUGGGGCCGCAGAUCGUCAAGCCGUAUGCGGCGCUGACGACGGGGUGGAAUGCGCACUUGCGAGGGAUGGAGCCCGGGGAGAGGCAUGCUUUGCUGCUCAGUAGGUACUAG